GAUUUUUUUGGUGGACUGAAUUUAAAAAUAAUCGAUCAAUUAAAAAGAUUCUUGUUACUUUUAAAAAAAUUUAAUUAUUGUUAUUAUAAUAUCGAUAUUGAUCAAAUUGAUAUUGUUGUGGUGGAAAAGAAUUUUGAUACAUAUUGUUAUAUGGCUGUGAUAGCGGUGAAGAGGGAGGGACUGAUUUACGGUCCUUCAAAUAAUGUUGUUGGGGUGAAGAGGGUGAUUGUUGUUGUUGUUGUUGAAUCUGUUGUUGUUGUUGUUGUUGUUGAGGAGAGGGUAAUGAUUGCUGCUGUUGUUGUGAUUGUUGUUCAAAAUCAGCCUCAUCAUUUUCAAAAACAUGAUUAUUUCCGUCAUAGAGAUGAGGAUGAAUAUGACCUGCAUUUUGGUAUGAAAUACUGUAUGGAUUUUGGUAAAAAGAAUCAUAGCCAUGAUAUGCUUGAUAGUACGAAUGAGGUGGUACAGAAAAAUAACUACCAUCAUCUAUUUGUUGUUGUUCCUGUUGUUGAAUCUGUUGUUGUUGGAUUUGUUGUUGUUGUUGUUGUUGUUGUUGAUUAGGAGGACCCCCACCAUUAACAUUAUUAUUACGUGAUAACUGUAGACUAUUGUUGUUUGAUGGUGUACCAUUUGUAUUAUUACCAUUUGUAGUUGUAGUUGAAUCACCACCAAUAUUAAAGUUACUAAACGAUGAAAUCAUUUUAUUCAUGCCAUUUACCGAGUUGUUUGGAAUAUUGGAGUUAUUG